UUCUCUCACUCUUUCUUGUGGAUUGCAUAAUACAUUAGAUAAAAAAUUCUACCAUGGCUAUCGAUAAACACACCAUACAAAUGCAACGAAGAGAUCCAACAAGACAGACAUGUAUUAGGUAGAACCCAUGUUGAAUAUUCUAACCAUUUUGUGUUUAGCGUGUUUCCUAUAUAAAGCACCUUUCCCACACGUCAACUUCUUCACCCAACUUUAACCAUGGCUAGCUGGAGAAGAGUGGUUUUUGGGCUCAUUCUUGUCCUAUGUUUCUCAGGCGAAUCCAUCGUCUCUAUGGCGGCCAUUAAAGCAGCUUACUGGCCUUCAUGGACCAAUUCUUAUCGACCCCCAUCGUCCAUAGACACAAACUACUUCACGCACCUCUACUAUGCCUUCUUAGAGAUGGACCCCCUCACUUUCAAGCUCAGGAUUUCACCAAAUGAAAGUGUCUUGCUAUCGGAAUUCACCGCUGGGAUCAAGCAGCGGGACCCACGAGUCAAAACCCUGGUUUCGAUUGGAGGAGGCGGUAGCAACUCGACUGCCUUUGCCCUCAUGGCCUCCUCAAAGCCUUCUCGAAAAAUUUUCAUUGAUUCUACAGUCGAAGUUGCUCGAAAGUUUGGCUUACAUGGCCUUGACCUUGACUGGGAAUUCCCAGCUAACCCAAAUGAGAUGGCCAGCCUCGCCAAACUCUUCUUUGAGUGGAGGGGAGCCAUUGAGGCCGAGGCAUACUCGUCUCGAAGGCCCCGCCUCUUGUUGACGGCUGCAGUGUACUUCUCUCCCAAGUUCUUCCUCUCUGAUACCCCUCGGUCUUACCCAAGCAAAGCCAUAAAAUACCACUUGGAUUGGGUUAACGCUAUGUGCUUUGACUACAGAGGCUCAUGGGACACAUCAAAGACUGGAGCUCAUGCUGCUCUUUAUGAUCCUAAGAGCAACAUUAGCACGAGCUAUGGCAUUGAUGCGUGGGUAAGGUCAGGGGUCCCUCAAAGUAAGUUGGUGAUGGGAUUGCCACUUUAUGGGCGCACUUGGAAGUUGAAAGACCCCAAUGUGCAUGGGAUAGGGGCACCAGCGGUUGGGGUAGGCCCCGGGGAUACUGGGGUUUUGACUUAUACCGAGGUGGUGCAGUUCAAGAGUGCCAACAAUGGUACUGUAGUGUAUGAUAGGACCACUGUCUCUACGUAUUUGUAUGCAGGGGAUUCUUGGGUCGGUUAUGAUGAUGCUCAGUCGACUGUUGGCAAGAUCCGGUUUGCUAUUACCCGACAUAUCCGCGGCUACUUUUUCUGGGCAGUUAGCUACGAUCAGGACUGGGAGAUAUCUAGACAAGCUUCGGAGGCCUGGGGGCAUCACUAGGAAUUCCAUUAUUAGGAGUACGAAGAAGAAUAAAAAGCAUCGAUCAAGAUUCAAAAACCAUUUUGAGAAAUCAGAGCCAUUGGGCUUUUUAGCCCUUCAUGAGGUUUAAGUUGCAGGUUGUUUGUGGUCUUAGCUGACUAUGUUCAUGUUUAAUUUGAUUGAAUCUCCAUAGAAAUGUGAAAUUCCAUGAUGUACUGCAUGAGAAUAAAUUGUAACCUUGUAUUCAAUCUAUAUGGGAAUUUGGAUUUUCCUGAU